AUGCAGCAACCUGGUGUCGGUCGGCCCAUUAAGUUAGUGCAAAGCACCCCACAACAAUUCGCCGAUAUCCAAGCAUAUGUUCGAUCGCUGCUGCAACAACUCCAAGCAGAGAAAGACGAUGGUCUCUAUCAGCAAUACUACACUCAACUAAGCAACUACAUGGCUGACCUCCGUAGAAAUCGGCGAUCGAUAUGGAGGCCAUUUCUCGGGUGGUUUGGUGAAGCUAUCUCACGCACCCACGGGCAAGUCGUGAACGAUCUCCGGGGACUUUGGCAACAAUACGAAGUAAGUCAAUCUCAACCUUUUUUCGAAAAAAAGCCAACCAUAGGAUAG